AUGUAUAAUCCAUAUGGUAAUGCCGCUGAUGCCUAUCAACAACAACAGCAACAGCAGUACCAACAACAGCAACAACAGCCUCAUUCUACAAAUUUACAACAUCCACAGCCAAUUCAUCAUGUUUCCUCACAUCAACCACCACCAGGUGCUGCUGGGGGACAAUUCAAUUUUUUGAAUGAUCCAGCUGCUGCUUUGGCAUCACAAUUUGCACGUUCGGGAUUUGAACAAUCAAAUCAAUAUCUUCAAGAAAAUUUUGGCAGUUUACAAGGUGAUAUUAAGUAUUAUUUCCAAGUUAGCAAUUCCUAUGUAUUUAAGAAAAUCAUUUUGAUUUUGAUGCCUUAUAAUCAUAAAGAUUGGAAUAGAGUGUCCACUAAAGAGACAGGGACAAAUCAAUUCUUGCCUCCUAACUUAGACAUCAAUGCACCCGAUUUAUACUUGCCAUUAAUGUCGUUUGUCACAUAUAUAUUAUUAUGGGCUGCUUUCCAAGGUAUAAAUGGAGAUUUCCAUCCUCAAUUGUUUGGAUAUUUGGCGUCACAAACUAUUGCAUUUUCCGUAUUAGAUGUUGUUAUCUUUAAAACUGGGUUGUACUUAUUAAAUUGCCCACAAUCAAAAAUCUAUGAUAUAAUAAGUUUUUCUGGAUACAAAUAUGUUUCAAUCAUUGUUUUGUUGAUUUUAAAAUACCUUGUGGGGAACUAUUUAGGAUUAUUCUACUAUAUUGUUGUUUUAUUAUUGAUUGCCAACUUGUCAAUUUUCUUAAUGAGAUCUUUACGAUUUCUUAUAUUGCCCCAAAGCACGUCGAUGAAUAACACCAUUACUUCCAAGCAAAGAAAAAUCAGAAUCCAAUUCUUAUUUGUUUACUCUGUUAUUAUUCAAGGAUUGAUCAUACUUUAUAUGAGUAAAUAA